GCUCCUGUUUACUUUAGGCAGGAGUGGCUCAGUCCCUAGUUAACCUUGACAUACAGAGGAAGGGAGAGAGAAGUGGAGCACAAAUAGGUAUGUGGCACCUCCACACACCUGAGACGUGAGAAUCACAUUUUUACUGAUUGCCAUAGCCAUCUCUGCCAGUUUUGCACAAAAGUAAUUCAACGUCUCGUUCUACCUCACGUCUUCUCCAUAUUGGGCUUUGCCCACAAGAGUUGAAGAUACUGUUCAGUGACGGACAAAUCAGACAUCAGACGAAUCAGGGUAACUGAUCCUUCCUGUUGGCACCAUGGCAGAAAAUAAUUAUAGUUGGUGGAAGUUCACCUUCCUCCGAAAGAAAAAAUCAACUCCAAAGGUAUUGUAUGAAAGUCCAGAUAUUUAUGGAGUGGCCAAUGAUGAGAGUGUACAAGAGGGCACGCCAGCAGAUGGGAGCAGUGGAAGCCACAAUGAGCAAGAAUUCAAUGCCCGGCUAGAGAAAAUUGUGGACAAAAGUACCAAAGGGAAACAUGUCAAAGUUUCCAAUUCUGGACGCUUCAAAGAAAAGAAGAAAAUCAGGGCUACUUUGCCCGAAAACCCCAAUUUCUUUUCUGAUGGGGAACGGGAUGAAAAAUAAUGGCCAAGUGAAGGAGAUGCUUUUCAUAAGCCUGUUUUUGAGGACAUUUCUCAGCUGAAGAGAAGCUGAUGUUGACUCAUCAGGUUCAUUACAUUUGCUAAUGAAGUUAACGAGGGAGCCAUCUGAAACUUUAGGAUCGGGUCCUGAUUUUCAUGUGAAGUUUCUCCAAAGGAUGAACAUUACAUUAUGUUUUAUUUUGUUUUCCUCUUUUUUAAUUUAAGAAAUAAACAAUGCAAGAUUUGCAUUAAACACAAGCUUAUGAGGGACUUAUAAAUGAGAAAGGGAUAUUGACAGGUAGAGCACAGAAAAGGGAGCAUACAUAGUACUGCUAAAUUCAGAUCAAUUACGCCUCCUUAGCUACCUUGUAAACAUUCUAAUCGGAGUAAAUAGAAAGUGUUUGUUUUGUGUCUCAGGCCUGCCCAGCUCUUAGCACACUUGGGCAGCUGUUCUGAUAGGCCUCAUUGGUACUGGCACCUGCUUUCGUCUUCCCUCUUCCCUGCUGUAAGAUUUCUUGCAACAGUGAUUGAAUUUGACUAUCACUGAAAAUUAUCCAAACAUUCACCUUAUAUGAUUUUAUUCUAUGUCAUGAUAGAAAAUUUAGAUGGGAAAUGUUUUUAUAGAUUAAGUUGCUUCUUAUAGGUGAGCUUUGGUGGCCUCUUAGAUAUCAACAACUAGGGCCAAUCUGAUGUCAGUACAUGAAAAGAUUCUACAGCCGUUCAUACAAAUCUUUAUUUUUAAGAAACUUGAAAACAAUCUGAUAAUUACCAGCAGUCAGCAUGAGCUGUCAAAAACAGAUCUUGCCAAAUGAACUUAAUCAAAGGUAUGUUUGGAUAGAAUCCUUAGAUUGAGGGAAUGCUGGAGAUGUAGUUUAACUUCAUUGCAGAAAAGCACUUUACAAACAGCCCAUAUUCUGCUUAGCAUGCUACUUGAGUUUGAGCGGGAUAGGUGGCUACAUACCUGACUCAAAAAUUGAGCUCAGAGUACUUAUCAAAUUAGAGUAAGGUACUGUAGGAAGAAAAAUCCGUUCCGAUUCAAAGCCAGGAGAAAGUCGCUGGAAAUUAAAUGGAGUCUGACUGGCUGCAAGGAAAGAAGGUUUAUUUGGUUUCCAGAAACUUCAGUGUCAGCAGCAAUGU